UGUUUGGUAUAGUUAUUUCAACCUAACAAUGUGUCAUGGCGUCGUUGGAAGUAUACAGGAAAUAUCGUGAUUAAUGAUUUUGUCACAUCAUCUUUGGAACAUAUUAUACGUUUAUAAAUAUUGGAAGUAAUUUGUUGUUGGAAGUUACAGUAAUUUGUUCUUUGUAUCAUGUCUAAUGUGGAAGUAAAUGAACUUUUCGACGAAAACAGGUAUCCUUCAGGAUGGAAAGCACUGUUUCUGGUGCUGUAUGCGCCGUUCGGGUUUGCGCUUGCUGGUGUUAGGUUUCUUGUUGCUCUCCAGGCGCUACUGGUGGAUGCCCUGUUUCCACAGCUCCCAGCUGUGAAAAGGUUUGUUUUGUGCUCGUUUUGCACUGUCUUGGGCAUUGUCGUGAAGCAAGAAAACACUGCAUUGAGAGAUGAGAAUUUGAAAGUGCUGGUGGCAAAUCACGUUUCACCUUGUGAUCAUAUAGCUGUGCAUCUUUCAUGUGGGACCAUCACCCCCAGUGUGUGGGAGCUUCCAGCACCAUUCUGCAGGGCAUUAGGGAUAAAGGAGUUUGGGCUGAGGCAAGGAAGGGACGUACUAGUGGCCAAUAUCCGUAGCCACUUUGAGAAGUCGUCUACUCCGCUCUUGUGUCAUCCCGAGGGCUCCACCACAAAUGGGAAGGUGGGACUGCUUAAGUUUUCCUCGUGGUCAUUUUGUCUGAGUGACGCCAUUCAGCCAGUAGCUAUUCAAGUGUGGCGGCCACCAUUUGCUGAUGUUGCAGCUUCAGCUUUGGGUACUGGAUUGUGGGCAGACAUAUUCUGGUUUCUAUUUGUUCCCUGCACUCAAUUUACUCUCAGAUAUCUUCCAGUAGUGACGAGGGAAAGUGGCGAGAGUGACGUUCAAUUAGGGGAACGCGUUGCAAAGCUGUUGGCGGAAGAUCUGGGAGUGGUGGCAAGUCAGCACACUGCUUCAGACAAGGCAGAGUAUGAGAAACGAUACUUAUUGGAGCAAAAUCAGCCCAUAAUUGUUCGCACUUCACCUACGUCUGAACUGCAGCGCAUGGCUCACCAGGUGGGUGAAGUUCUGCCAUACGUGCCUCGUGAUGUCAUCAUUAGAGAUCUUGGCAGAACACGGAGUGUUGAUAUUACCAUCUCUAACAUAUUAGAGGGUGUCGUGACGUACAUACCGCAGGUGGAAUCAUCGUCUUCCGGCCGUGUGAAUGCAGUGGCACAGCAGUCAAAGAGCAUUCCUUCGGCUUCCGCUAGUACGCACACGCUGGCUAACACUGUACAGGUUUCAUGUUUGGAUACAUCAGCGCCUUCAUUCGCCCGCUCAGCGCAGGAGCGAAUGACGUCUUUCAAUGAACGCAAAGCUCGUCUAAUAGAGAAUGCCCGCCACAGGUAUAUUGAAAAACAUGGCCUAAAGAAUGUUGGAUUGAAUUGCUGAUGACUGAUGAUACAUGCCGCAGUGACUGUGAGGUGUCUGAGAGUUGAAUUCUUUUAGGGUAAUUUUAACGGACUGGGCUCACGAUGACUUUCUCUACCUUCUUCCUCCUGCACUCAUAAUUUAGUAAUAUGUAUGAUGAUUUUGUGUAAAAUGUGCAUCAAGUUAGUUUUGACUAAGAAUUUGAGUUGUGGUUAUGUCGGUGUGUGACGAGCAAGUUUUGUGACUAAUAACUUCAUACUCAGUUUGCAAUAAUGAAAGUGGAUUUGCAGAUUAAUGAACAUUCAUGUAUGAGAGACAAUGCCAUGACUGGAAAUUCUAAAAAUGUAGUUAUGUUUAAUGUAAUUUAUUUUCCAAAUUUUUC